CUCUCAAGAGGACCGUUGAGGACCAAAGUGUGCAUCGAUACAGCUGAACAUCAUGGAUCAACUGAUGGACAUAUAUGUCAACAAACAGGGACCAUCAAGUAGUCUUGGCAAAAGGAAGAGUUUGUCAAAAAGUUCAGAAAGUAUUUACGAAAAUGUGUUUAUCCACACUCUGGAGCAGAACAGAACUGGACCUGCUCUCUCAGGUGCUGAAGAAGUGAAGAAGAGUUCCUGCAGAGCUGCUGCAGUGUGUCUGGGUCUGUUGUGUCUUCUCCUUCUUACUGGACUCGUAACUCUGGUUUGCAUCUUCACCAAGAGCAACUCUGAGUGGAAAAUGGAGAUGUUCCUGUUACACAACAGUUACACCAACCUGACUAAACAACUAGACCAAUUACAGAGCAGUUACACCAACCUGAUUAAGGAACGAGACCGAUUACAGAACAAUUACACCAACCUGAUUAAGGAACGAGACCGAUUACAGAGCAGUUACAACAACCUGAUUAAGGAACGAGACCGAUUACAGAACAAUUACACCAACCUGAUUAAGGAACGAGACCGAUUACAGAGCAGUUACAACAACCUGAUUAAGGAACGAGACCACCUGCAUGGAGUUGAAGACCUGACCAAAAAGUUAAAUGAUUUUCACAGAAGGCUUAAAGAUCAGUAUGGAUGGGUGUAUUUCAGUGGUAGUUUCUAUCACAUUUCAUCACUGGAGAAGUCCUGGCAAGAAAGCAGAGAGGACUGUUUGCAAAGAGGUGCAGACCUGGUGAUUAUCAACAGCAAAGAAGAGCAGGACUAUAUAACAAGUCUCCGUCAGCAUGUGUGGAUUGGACUCACUGAUCGAGACACAGAGGGGACAUGGAAGUGGGUGGAUGGGACUCAGCUUACCAAAAGCUACUGGGCCCCUAAUGAGCCAAAUGGACAUCAAAUCAGAGAUGAAGACUGCGCAGAAAUAAUCAACCAUCAUUCAGAAAACAACUGGAAUGAUGACAUUUGCCACAAUAAAAAAUUAUGGAUAUGUGAGGAGAAUUCUCAGCAUAAUGCUCAGUAGCUCUGUAUAGGGGUGAGUGCGUGUCUAUUAACAUAUAUAGACAUACAUAUCCAGCUUGGUUCGUUGCUUUGAAUGUUGAUGUUUUAUUGUUGUGGGCUCACCAACAUCUGACCCUGAGACCUCACCAGGAUCUACGAGUGUUACAUCACAAGUCUAUGAGCUGCUCCACAAAGCACCGCACAGGAUCUGACCUCAUGCUCCGUCUGCAUCAGAGGAACAUCAAGAUUCACAGUCCAUUAUCCCUGGAAGACAUUCAUAUUGUACUGGUCUGGAGUUUCUCAAUUAACAUCCAAUACCAAA